AUGUCGCUUUCAACCGGUGUAAAAUCGCUGCAGCAGAUGUGUCCUGUAAUUCAGCAACACGAGAUAUGUUUCAUGUUCGUGAGCAAUCUCAAACACAUAAAAAAUAAACGACUACAGGAAAAGGAGUUAUUUACCAACAGACGGUUUAAAAGAUCUCCAUUCAAUAUAGUCGGCAAUACUGCGCGUUCACUUUUUCGUGUCCUUGAUGCUGAUUAUACGGAAGAAAUGUCUAAAACCAUUAGCAAGGCAAGAAUCGAGCACGAGCACAUGACAAGUCUGUUGAAAGCCCAAACUUUAAUAGUUGAUUCUACCAUUAAUGUCAUAAAACAGGAUGAGAUCGACAAUCCACAAAAGAUACAAGAGAUCUCAGAAAUAGUUGAGAAAAUAAAUAAUAAUGAUGCUACAGAGUCUUCCCAGUUAAAAAACUCACUGCUUGUCGGACUCUUGUCAACGUACCUGGUAUUCUCCGCAAUGAACCUGCAGAGAGUAAAGUCGAAAAUCAUUGUACUUACCGAUACACAUAAUGACAAAAUGAGUCAAUUUUUACUGUCUUCUCAUCAAUUGAGAGAUCCAAUUUCGCAUGCUUUACCAACGGACGAUGAGAACUUGAUUGAGCUCUAUAAACUUAUGAGCGUCAAGGGUGCACUGACAAAGCAUGAAGUCAUCUUCGAGGUCAAGAUACCCUUUGUCAAUCAACAGUUUUUUGAACUAUUCAAGGAAGUACCCGUUCCAACAAUAAGGAAUGGCACUCUAAUAGCCAUUAAGCCAGAAAAGUUAUACUUGGCUACAGAUGCGCACAGAGACGAAUACAUACUUUUCCAACCUGAGGACAUAUCAAGAUGCCUUAAGCAAAAGAAUGACGAAUACAUCUGUAGAAAUCAGCGGUCCAAACUCCGGAGGAACGCAGUCGCCAACCCCUGUGAAGUCAAUAUCUUUAAUAAUCAUUCAACUACCAAUUGCAAUCUCAACAAUAUUAUUGGAUCUACAGUAUAG